AUGCCCCGCUCCUUUCAGUUCGAUCCGUCUGGCGUGAUCCGUCUGUACACUCAAUCGAUACAUCUAAGUCUUACAGCUGGUGUACUGGAUAUAAUUAUUUUUAGUAUCAGUUUUUACGCAACGAUACAGGCAGCUGUUUCGUAUGCAAAUACUCCACUGUUUACAGUUGAAAACCCACUAAACUUGUUUAAGCGAACCGAAUUAGAAGUAACGGAGUAUCGAAAAGAAGUCGUACAACUUUUAAAACAAGACAAAAGGAUUUUGAAGACAUUGACUGAGGUGAUUCUGUUAACAAAUGAAAUACAAGAUGGUGCUAAACAUCUCCACGAUGUAUUUAAACUGUUAACUGUGCAACAGAAAGAUAAUAUUGAUAUGGAUGCAUCUCUGCAGAAGGCAGUCAAUGAAAAAUUAGAUGAUUUUCUCGAUCACGGAGAAGACAAUAAAGAAAAGAGUAAUGCAAUAAAAGUGGCUAUUACUUCAUUGAAUAAUAAGUUAGCGAGUGCCUAUGAACGUGUAUCCAUCAAAACAUUGAAGAAUAGGAAUAAACGACAAUCACAAAUGGAAACUGAUGUGUCUGAUAAUUUUGUUGACUUAUCGACUAAUAGUUUAUUUCAACUCAACUCACGUCAUUCGUUUUUGUUAGCAUUAUCCUACAUGAUAUUUAUUCAUUCUAUAGGCAUGUCAAUACUUCAAUAUCUUGGAUUUAAAAAUACAAAAUGGUUUCUAUUAUCGGUUACGAUGGCUCUACUUAUUAUCGGACAAUCGCUAGCACUACUCCUCUAUUUACAAAUCACAAAUGUUUUAAAAUUUACAUCACCCCUUUAUCUCUAUACACUAGUAUUUAUCUUUCGAUCUCUGGUGGGUAUUAGGUACUAUGAAAAGUAUAUACAAUAAAUUAUUGAUUUAUUUCCCACUAUAAUCUGCGUCUGAUAUCUCAUAUGUCACUUCUGUACAACGAAGACAUGUACAAAAUUAAAGUAACCACAACAACUGAUUACUGGAACCAGUCAAAUGACGUAUAUUCAAUUAUGGCAUCUGCUAUUAUUCUCAUGUUAAAAUUGCUUACUAUUCAUCAACAAAUUGAUUGUUUAAUUUGACUAUGAUAUUUCGGUUCGGACUUGGUUUUAUGUGUGUUAAAAAAAUUUAAUGUCACAAUGUUCUUCGUACUUCAGUCAGAUGUUUUUUCUGUACUUUUAUAGCAUGUUACGUUUUAUUCACUUAUCGAUGUCGGAGGACAUGUAUCUCAGUAGAACAUACCGUCACAGACAAAUUUUUUAUUUUUUCAAUCGUUGCUUCGUUCAGAAAAACCAUCGACUUUUAAUAUUAUUACAGAAAAUUUGUUAAUAUUUAUUUAUAAUAUAAACGUUAAUAACGAAAAAAUCUUUAUAAUCUUUGAACAAUUCACCUUCUCCUAAUUAAUGAGCAAUUUAGAAUGAUAAUCACUAAGACGUGACUGCAUAAUAAAAAGCUUACAAUUAUUAAAAAUAAGUUUGACGAUACUCAUUAGGAAACUCCUCAUUUUAAGCUUCACGGGGAUUAAUCUAAUAAGACUUGUUAAAAAAUAAUUACUUGAUUCACCAUUAUGAUUUUUUAAUCAAAGAUUACUA